UUUACUGAAGUGAUUCAACUGAUAAUUUGAGCUCAGCGCUGGCGGGCACGACAGAUCUGCUAGAGCAGAAGAAAAGAAGGAGAAAAGAAGGAGGGAACGUGAAAUAAUCAAAGGGAGUUUAGCUACGAGAGCUGGAUAUCUGCGGAACAAGCCAAGAACCUUCAAAUAACAUUUAGACGACAUUUGGACAAAAAUGGGACUUCUGUUCGCUAAACUGAUGACUGUCUUCGGUGACAGAGAGCACAAAGUGAUUAUUGUGGGUUUAGAUAAUGCCGGGAAGACAACCAUACUUUACCAGUUUUUGACAAAAGAAGCAGUGCACACCACUCCUACUAUUGGCAGCAAUGUGGAGGAAAUAAACGUCAAGAAGACACGCUUCCUCGUUUGGGACAUUGGGGGCCAGGAGACUCUCAGAGCCAGCUGGAACACUUACUACUGCAACACAGAGAUUGUGAUCCUGGUGGUGGACAGCACAGAUCGGGAGCGUUUAACUCUGACUAAAGAUGAGCUUCAUCGAAUGCUUGCGCAUGAGGACCUACAGAAUGCCUCAGUGCUGGUGUUGGCCAACAAGCAGGACAUGAAGGACAGCAUGACAGCAGCAGAAAUUUCCCACAGUCUGACCCUCAAUUCACUAACAGCACAUUCAUGGCAUGUCCAGGCCUGCUGUGCACUCACUGGAGAGGGGUUACAUGCAAGUUUGGACUGGAUGCGUUCUCGGGUCGUAGCAAACUAGUUCUGCAAUCAGUUGUCUUGCUGUAACUUUCCAGAACCAGGGGGAGCUCGCCAGGCCUGCCUUCGCCCUUGUCCAGAUCUUAGUGCCUCAGUCUGGACUAGCGCCAACUCAGAGCCCCCUUUACACACAACAGACUGGAGGCACCACAUGCCACAAUCUUUUCUGCCAACAGUGGAUAGAAACCUGGAUGAGCUUGUGUGUGUGUGUGUGAGUGUGUGUGUCUGUCUACAUAUGGGUGUGUUUGCGAAUUAUGUGACUCCGUUUUAGAGGUCUACAUUGUUUACAUUGCAAAUGGAUUGUGUUGACCAGAGCAGGAGAAUUCUGCUCUAAAAUGCUGAUCUGUGAAAAAAACAGUCUUUUGGCCAGUGGUGCCACAGACUGUUCGGCUCCACAGGGAGCGAGGACCGCUGCCUAAAGACAGGCCCUCAGUGGAUGGAGCCAAGUCACAUGAUCGCCGAGAUGGGUGCCCAGCCUUUAAGCUACUGAAGCAUUACUUGAAAUAUUUAAGUGGACCUUAUUUGUGAUGGACAGAUAUAUAUAAGAAAAACCUGCACGUGCCGAAAUGAAACAAGUAUUAUGAUUCUGAAAACAGGCUGAUUAUUCAGGUUAUGUCUUCUUUUUCUUGUUUUUUUUUUCAGUUUUUGUACAAAUAAAAGUUUUUGAAAAGU